AUGCCAGGAUCCAUCCUCCUCGUCAACGGACCGAACCUCAAUCUUCUCGGACUCCGCGAGCCACAUAUUUAUGGCAGCACGACCUUGGACGAUGUUCAGACAGCCGCUGUAAAGCAAGCAGAGGGUCUCGGAAUCACACUCAGCCAUUUCCAGUCCAACCACGAAGGCGCGAUCAUCGACCGGCUCCACGAAGCCCGCGGGAAGAUCGACUACGUGAUCGUCAACCCAGGCGGUCUCACACACACCAGCGUCGCAUUACGAGAUGCAUUGCUCGGCGUCGAAUUGCCUUUCAUUGAAAUCCACGUCUCGAAUGUACACACUCGCGAAGCAUUCAGGCACCACAGCUAUCUCAGCGACAAGGCGAUUGCUGUGAUCUGCGGCCUGGGUGUUUUUGGAUACACGGCCGCCAUCGACUUUCUUGCGCUGCGACUGAAGAACGCGAAGUAG